AUGGAAAUUCGAACGCUACACUACAUACUCGCAGUAAGCCUGGGGAUAUCGUUCGUCACAGCAGAUUUCACAGCGAACUGCCCUCAAGAAUGUAAAUGUGUCUGGGCCAGCGGAAAUAAACAAGCCGACUGCUCACAUUCAAACUUCCAUGACAUACCUAAAACUCUCAGCGCAGAAAUACAAAUACUAGACCUUACAAACAACGAGCUAUACGAAAUCACGAGGCACGCUUUCGAAGAUGUCCGAUUAAUAAACUUAAAAAAGCUCAUAUUAAGAGAAUGCAAGUUAAUUACUAUUCAUAAAAACGGACUCAGCGGCCUCGCGAUUAUGAUCGAAUUAGAUUUAUCGAAAAACGACCUCAAAACGUUGCACGCGGAUACGUUUAGGGAGACAGCGAAAAUAAGAUGGAUCUUGCUGAAUGAUAACCAAAUAGAAAAAUUAGAAGAUGGCCUAUUUAAUAACCUGCCAUUUUUGCAAAAGGUCGAUUUAAGUAACAACCGAAUAGUACAGCUGGGCGUAAAAACAUUUAUGAAUGUGCCAAAACUUAAUAUUUUACGCCUUGAUGGAAAUAAACUAGAGCAUUUGAAAGUAGAUGCACUAAGCGCUUUGACAUCUUUGUCUAAUUUGGAUGUACACGAUAACCCUUGGAGAUGUGACUGCUAUUUGCAACCUUUUAGAAAUUGGGUUAUCAGUAAGAAUUUAUACACAUCACCUAUAGCGUGUGCGGAACCACCUAAAGUCCUUGGUAAAUUAUGGAAAGAGUUAGAUUCCAGUGAUUUUGCUUGCAGGCCAAGCAUAGUCUAUCCUUCCUCUAAGACUACUUUAAGGUCAUCAGAUACGAAUAUAACUCUAUCAUGUCAAGUUAAUGGUAAUCCAUUACCAGAAGUAAAUUGGGUCUUGAAUGCUCAAAUAAUAGAUGGCACUUAUAGAUAUCAGGGUGAAAUUAAAUAUUAUGUUUCACAAAGUAAUGUAGAAAAUAGUAAAUGGGUUAACUUAACAAUUGUUGAUGCCGAUAGUGAUGAUAACGGUGAAUAUUUAUGUGUUGCUAAGAAUGCGGGUGGAGUAGAAGAAAGGAGUUUAACUUUAGCUAUAACUCAUACUCCACCAGGCAUAGUUGUACCACCUGGCAUGGAUAAUAAUAUGCUACCAGUAUUAAUAGGAGGAUCGUGUGCCGCAGCUAUUUUACUUAUAAUUCUGGUCAUCCUUUGUUAUUACUGCUGUAGAAGACGUGGAUCAGAGAAAAAGAAAGAUAAUUCAAAUGGAGAGGCUCUGAUCGAAGGGUCGGUGAUACCAGAAAUGGAGAAAAGUCUUAUAACAGCAGUCAAUCCAGUAACUAAACCACCAAGAAGAUAUGAUGCACCUCUGUCGAUAACUAGUACGACAGAAAUGUCGGAACUAAAUAAGACAUUGCUCGAUAGUGAUUCUGUUUUCGCUCACAAUGACGACGAGAAAAGGUCCCUAGACUUUGAUCAACAUACAAAACGUUCUCAAGAUGCCCUUAAUGUUGAGUAUGGGCGUACUGACGGGCGCGCUUAUCCACCAGAUCUUCUGUCGUUCCCUCCAAGAGCUGCACAAAUAUCUCCCGCAGCGAGCAAUGCAUCUACAGUUCCUGACACAAGCAGGCUACAAAUUAAUCCAGUAAGCCCAAUACACUCUCCGAUCUACGGUAUGACCACCAAUCAGAAUCUCUUCCGUACUUUGCCAUAUUCUCGGUCACAAUCACCAUUUACUGCUCCAAUCACACCACCAGUGGUAACUCCUCGGCAAGGAUAUGUCACUAUACCUAGAAGACCUAGGAUACCAUCUUGGUCCAGCACAGCAUCAACAGCUAUACUACCCAGUGCUGAAGCUCAGGAACCAUUGUAUGAUAAUUUGGGUCUCCGAACAACGGCUGACGGUAGUUCAGUUCUGUCACUCAAUAAAGCUGGCCUGGAACAACAGUUUUCCCCCAUGAGGAAUAGACCAUUGCCAGCUACACCAGUUGUAUAUCCUAAUCCUCAUCCAAUCUACUACGCUCCUAUAGAAGAACAGGAACCAGCCCCUUCUCCUGUUCCACCGCCAUUCACACCUACAAGAAAUAGCAUCAGUUCCCAAUUGUCUAAUCAAAUCUCAACUCCCGGACCUCAAGAACCAUUAAGUCCUAGAAUGAGUUGGACAGCCAAGAAUACAUCGACCCCACAACCAGAACCAAGGAAACAAAUGGUAAAUAUCAUGGAUAACAGAAACGCAGAUGCUCAGUCCCAAAUUUCUGAUAACAGCACUUUAAGUCGAAAAGGAAAACCAGAAACUGGUUCUCUAAGAAGAAAUCCACGAACAGAUAGCAAUGAAGUGAGUUCUCCAUCUAAAGAUGAUCCGAGGAAGAACGAGAGUAAUUUAUCGAUGAACCAAUCUGGAACUAUGGGGAGAAGUGGCAAAAUACCACCAAGACCACCCCCCAAGCCUAAGAAAAAGCCAAGUACCGAGGUGAAUCCAAAUGAGCCACUGUUUGAAGAUGAAGGCGAGGAUGGCACGGAAGUG